CCUCCUCACAAGCCGGGGUUCUUUAUGACUCAGACCAAGAACGCCUUGUAGCCACGGUCAUUGUUUAUCGGACUUCUUUGGUUCGUGGUUCAUUACUCAGACUCAGGACCCUUCCUUCUCGCGCCUUACGCCGGCCAGCCUUGUUUCCCUGGCUUUAUAUCCCUUCACUCCUCAACCCCCAUCACUUGGAGCUCGUCCAGGCAACCACCACUCAUUCACUCUCCGAAGCGUGUACUACACGUCUCCUCAGACCCAGUCACAGCUCGUUCACCAUACCACAUCGCUUGACAGACAGCGUGUAACUCCGUUGACCGUCAUGUCCGAAUCCCUGCUUGAUAUGCGUCGGGCGGAUAAGGAGGCGAAGCGGGCCCACGACCACAAGGCGAAAUGGGCUUACGGUAGUCGACGUGCUCGUACUGUUCCUGACCCCCUCUCGUCCGCCCUUCCUUCCACUCGCCCAGCGAUGCCGAUCACCCAUAGCAUGAACUUCACACGUGCCCUGCGGUUCGAUCGCGAGAGAGAGUCCAACCAUCUGGCCAGCGAUGCGAAGAUAGCCCUUCGCGCCGAUGUCCGGGAGGCCCUCGAGAGUGGUCCGUCCGACUCUUCCGGUGAUGAUGUCGCCGCCCCGGGAUCAGUCACUCGAAUCCAAGAGGAGCUCGAGGACAAGGAUGGCUCUUUGCACGACUAUGACGUUUCGGGGCAGACUAUACUCUCAGACGCUGUGAGCAAGGCGGUUGAGAAGUUUGAGAUCAAGGAGACAGAGAAGAUCAUCAAGACGUAUGAGAUAAUCUCUCGCGAGAGCGAGACCGCUAUCGGUUAUCUGGCGGAUGAUGAUGACUUCGAACUGGUGGACCACGUCCAUCCUUGAGUCCUGGUCUUACACUCUCUUACUGUUUUUCUAGCGUCAUGAUCUUUUCGGAUUGGAGUUGGGAAUCAACAACUCAGGUGUAUUCUUUUUGCGCUGAACUUUUGGUUGAUUGUAUCAUCAUCAUUCA